AUGCUAACAAGCAGAGCGCGUGCCGCCGCGAGGCGCAUCACUGCCAGCCCUCGACCGCUGCCCAUCCGCCCUUCGCCACUAUGCCGUCCCCCCACGACGCGGUUGAGCCAGUCAUCCAACCUGCUACGACCAGUCGCAAUAGUCAGAGGUUAUGCAAGUGGUCGACCGCACCCGCCAGGCGGGACACAUCGUAUGGACCUGGGCGGUGAGCCAGAGAAGGCUGCACUUGAAGAGUUCGGUGUCGACUUGACCGAACGAGCUCGCAACGGAAAGCUCGAUCCAGUCAUUGGCCGAGAUGGCGAAAUACAACGGACGAUACAGAUUCUCUCGAGACGGACCAAGAACAAUCCCGUCGUGAUAGGACAAGCUGGUACGGGUAAGACAGCCAUCAUGGAAGGGCUGGCUCAGCGCAUCGUCAAGGGCGAUGUGCCUGAGUCGAUCAAAGACAAGCGUGUGAUAAGUCUCGAUCUCGGUUCCCUCAUAGCUGGCGCAAAAUUCCGAGGCGACUUCGAAGAGAGGCUGAAGAGGGUGUUGAAGGAAGUGGAAGAAGCGCAGAAGGGGGUUAUCUUGUUCGUCGACGAGCUCCAUACACUACUUGGCUUGGGCAAGGCCGAGGGUAGCAUCGAUGCCAGUAACCUGCUGAAGCCAGCCUUGUCUCGUGGCGAGCUUCAGCUGUGCGGCGCGACAACUCUGAACGAGUAUCGAUUGAUCGAGAAGGACGCUGCCCUCGCGCGACGCUUCCAACCAAUUCUAGUCGGUGAACCUACAGUGCAAGAUACCAUCUCCAUCCUGCGUGGCAUCAAGGAGCGGUACGAAGUCCAUCACGGUGUAAGGAUUACGGAUCCGGCCCUGGUAGCCGCUGCAACCUACAGCAACCGAUACAUUACGGACCGCUUCUUGCCUGACAAGGCCAUCGACUUGGUGGAUGAAGCUGCAAGUGCUCUUCGUCUCCAGCAAGAGAGCAAGCCGGAUGCCAUCCAGGAACUCGACCGCCAGAUUAUGACGAUUCAGAUCGAGUUAGAAUCGCUGCGCAAGGAAACGGACAUAACCAGCAAGGAAAGACGUGAGCGCUUGGAAGAGACGCUGAAGCAGAAGCAAGCCGACGUGAAGCUGCUUACGGAGAAGUGGGAGAAGGAACGUGCCGAGCUCGACGCAAUCAAGAACGCGCAGGAAAACCUUGAGAAGGCCAAGGUUGAACUUGAGCAAGCUCGACGUGAGGGCAACUUUGCCAAAGCUGGACAACUACAGUACAGCACCAUACCUGAGUUGGAGCAAAAGCUGCCCAAGGACGAUGAGAUGGCCGCGGGCGGCCGUCCAGAUUCACUGCUCCACGAUUCUGUCACUGCUGAAGAUAUCGCUUCGGUUGUCUCGCGUUCUACCGGUAUCCCGUUGUCUAAACUCAACGCUGGCGAUAUGGAGAAGCUCGUCCACAUGGAAGAUACGCUACGCCAGUACGUCAAAGGGCAAGACGAGGCUCUCACAGCUGUGGCCAAUGCCAUUCGCAUGCAGAGGGCAGGUCUGUCAGGAGAGAAUAGGCCAAUUGCGUCUUUCAUGAUGUUGGGACCCACCGGUGUGGGCAAGACUGAGGUUUGCAAGAGAUUGGCGGAGUACCUUUUUAGCACACCUCAAGCUGUACUUCGCUUUGACAUGAGCGAAUUCAGCGAAAAACACACUGUGUCACGGCUGAUCGGCAGCCCAUCUGGAUACGUUGGUUACGAAGAUGCCGGUCAGUUAACAGAGGCGGUACGACGCAAGCCCUACGCUGUGCUUUUAUUCGACGAGUUUGAGAAAGCACAUAAGGAUAUCUCGACGCUACUCCUCCAGGUACUCGACGAAGGCUUCUUGACUGACGCACAAGGCCACAAGAUUGACUUCCGGAACACCAUCAUCGUCAUGACAUCCAACCUUGGCGCCGACAUCAUUGUCGGAGACAAUGUCGUAGACUCGACUGGCAAAGAGUCAAGUGAGAUUUCGCCCGAGGUUCGCGAGGCGGUCAUGGCAGUAACUCAAUCCCACUACGCCCCAGAGUUCAUCAAUCGCCUUGACGAGUUCAUCAUUUUCCGACAAUUGUCUCGUGAGGCACUGCGUGACAUAGUGGACAUCAGGCUGAAGGAGCUCCAACAACGAUUGGACGAUCGUAGGAUCGUACUCGAUUGCUCGGACGAAGUCAAGCAAUGGCUCUGCGACCGAGGAUACGACCCAAGGUUUGGCGCACGCCCGCUGAACAGGCUCAUCGCCAGGGAAAUUGGCAACGGUCUAGCAGACAAGAUCAUUAGAGGAGAGAUCAGAAGCGGCAAUGUGGCCAAAGUUAGCAUCCAUGAGGACGGAUCUGGACUCAAUGUGGCUGCAGAAUCCUGA